AUGGCCGGCGAGUUGGAUUUGAAUGUUGAUGAGAUAAUUUCAGCACUGUUGGAAGUGAGAGGGCCUCGAAUUAGCACUGCUGUAAACCUGAAGGAAGAGGAUAUUAAAGCACUAUGUGCCAAGUCGAGGGAGAUUUUCCUUUCGCAACCUAUUCUACUGGAAUUGGAAGCGCCGCUAAAAAUAUGUGGAGAUAUUCACGGUCAGUACACAGAUUUGAUGCGAUUGUUCGAAUACGGUGGGUUUCCUCCCGACGCUAAUUACCUCUUCCUUGGCGAUUACGUGGAUAGAGGGAAACAGAGCUUGGAAACUAUUUGCCUUCUUUUGGCCUACAAAAUAAAGUAUCCUGAGAACUUCUUUCUUCUCCGUGGCAAUCAUGAAUGCGCUUCAAUUAACAGAAUAUACGGAUUCUAUGAUGAAUGUAAACGAAGAUACAAUGUAAAACUAUGGAAGACAUUCACAGACUGUUUCAAUUGUCUUCCUGUUGCAGCCAUUGUUGAUGAAAAAAUAUUUUGUUGUCAUGGAGGAUUAUCUCCAGACCUUCAAACUAUGGAACAGAUCCGUCGGGUUUUACGUCCCACUGAUGUUCCAGAUACCGGUCUGCUCUGCGACAUUCUAUGGGCUGAUCCGGACAAGGACACAAGAGGCUGGGGCGAGAAUGACAGAGGCGUUAGCUUCGUAUUCGGCGUGGAUGUGGUGGAGAAGUUCCUGCAUCGCCACGACCUUGACCUUAUCUGCCGUGCUCAUCAAGUGGUGGAAGAUGGGUACGAGUUCUUUGCUCAGCGCCGUCUCGUCACCCUCUUUUCGGCGCCCAACUACUGCGGCGAGUUUGAUAACGCCGGUGGAAUGAUGUCAGUCGAUGAAACACUCAUGUGCUCCUUCCAGAUUCUUAAGCCCUCCGAAAAGAAGUCGAAAUAUCAGUACCUUGGCGUUAAUUCUGCUCGUCAAGGCGGUUUCGCUCGUUAUGCCAUUCAACUAUAUGAGGCCGUCGUCCGUUCACAAAAAAAGCUACCAAUCAAACUGUUUUCCAGCCGCGAUCCCGGAAGAAUCGAAGCUCUCGGAUUCCACGAGUUCAGAAUCAUGAAGUAUGGAUGCUGUGGUCAUGAGCACUACCACGAUUGUUUGCAGAAUUUCUUCGGCAAGGAGUACGAUUUCCAAAUCGCAAAGCUGUCCUUAUUUUACGCGGUCCCACCCACGACUUGGGAAAUAUUUGCACACGUUCACCUGGCCUUUGUUCGUCUUAGCCCUAGUGUUCUUGAUAGCUGCCAGUAA